AUGGCGAGCGCCAAAGCUUUUGUGGCCACAGGAACCAAUCUGUCUCUCCAGUUUUUUCCGGCCAGCUGGCAGGGAGAACAACGGCAGACACCCAGCCGGGAGUAUGUCGACUUAGAAAGAGAAGCAGGCAAGGUGUAUUUGAAGGCGCCCAUGAUUCUGAAUGGGGUUUGUGUUAUCUGGAAAGGCUGGAUUGACCUACAGAGACUGGAUGGUAUGGGCUGCCUGGAGUUUGAUGAAGAGCGAGCCCAGCAGGAGGAUACACUAGCACAACAGGCCUUCGAAGAGGCUCGGAGGAGAACCCGAGAGUUUGAGGAUAGAGACCGGUCUCAUCGGGAGGAAAUGGAGGUGAGAGUUUCACAGCUGCUGGCAGUAACUGGCAAGAAGACAACAAGACCCUAGUCCUGGCUCUAAUUUAGGUGGGGAUGACCUCAAACUUGGGUAGUUAGCAGCACGGCACAUGUGCCGCUCAUCUUCACAUAGACGUGGCUUCUAGCUGGUAGAAAUAAUUGAUUACAAGACCAGAAACUGUGAUAACUGGAGGUACUGGGGUCUCUUUUCCUAACCUGCGGCAGUAACAGUCAUCACAAACUGCCAUGGUUUUGCACUAUGAUUAUAAUACCUGCAUUUCUGAUAUUUUAAGCAUGUAGCCAGUAAUAUUUUGAAAUUUUUUUCUAUGCAAGCUUAAUUUGUUGGCAUUAUUUUAGUAAAUUGAGACUACCCAUUUGUAAAGCCCCCCCCCCCUUUUUUUUUCUUCAUCAUAAUUUAAAAGUUCAUGUCAUUUAAAAUCAGGUCAAGAACUUAACAUUUGUAUCAGAGGGACUUUUGUUUCCCGAAACCAGUUGUUCUCAGUUUUGUUUUAUUUUGUGUUUUACUUUCAGCUGCAUUUUCAAUAGGCAAUCUGGAAUUGAUUGGUCUCUUUCCCCAUUUCCUUUUGUGUUCCUGUAGACCAUGGCAUUUUAGAACUGCUGAUGUGACUGCAUUAUUUACAAGCUAAAAACAAGUAGCACAGAGCUGUCUGCCACAGCCUUCUAACACAGAGUUUACAGUUGUUAAAGUUGCAGUAUCCUUUUAAAUACUAGCGUCAGCACCCUGUUUCCUUUUUGAGCAAAAGUUUGGUUUAUUACCGGUAACGCUAAUCUGCACCAGAUCUGUUUGAGAUUGUUCUGUAAUCAUGAGUUUGAAUGGAGAUACUCUCCACAGACAAUACUAUCCUACUGAAAUGACUAAAGAAGUCACAGACUGGCUUCUGCUUUAUUCAGGGAUAUAUUUUUUUUAAAUCUUAAAUCAGCCAUAAAGGGAUACUGGAGCUUCUUCCUGUGUGUAGCAGCAUAUUAAACUGGAGGCAGUCAUCUAUCAGCUACAAGGGUAAUACUGUAUUCAAUCAUGUCUCAGAUAGCUGCUGUUCUGUGUAUUUUAUAUUGCAUGCUUUUGUAAAAAAAAACACAAAAACAAUGCUAGGUGAUAAAAGAUUAGUCUUAAAAGAGAAAACUCAUCUGUGCAGAAAGUACACUUUCUUCCAUUUAUUUUGGAAACAAAAACCGUUCACAGCUAUAUAGUGUUCUAAAAAAGACUAUUAGUAGUACCUUUUGAGAGGAAUUAGUGUAAGAGUUGUUUUUUGUUUGUUUUUUAAUCAGUUCAGUAUCAAAUUGAGUGUAACUUUUUUUAUUUGUUUGUUUAAAUACAGAACUGGAAAAAAGUGCCAAGUCAUAUGGCACCUUACAAAUAUUUUCCAUGGUCAUAUUCAUUAAUUGUUACAUUUCUGACUUUUUGCAAAAAUGUAUUUUAGCGUAAUGGAAUGGCAUUAUUUUAAACUGACGCGGUCAGUCUGGGUGAGUCAUGGCGUGUAGAACUAUGUCAUAGUCUAGGUUGAUGAGGGAACCCCGACUUUCAUUGUACACAGGUCUAAGAAUCCCUAACGGAAGCCUCUCUCUCAGAAUCAAAUAGCUCUUAUAUAUUGGAGUCGCGCAUGGUAAGGAGUGUGCUUAAAUCGCCAUAAACAAUCAUCGGUUAUAAGGUCAUGCUGAUCUUCCCUGUCCGAGGACUCUGGAUGGAUGGGUUGGUAUUUGGUGGUGUGCGCUCCCAUGUUUACACACUCAGUGCCCUAACUUCCCCUGAGGAAAUUGCCUUUUAAGUGGUCCUUACAGUGGUGGUUUACAGUUACUUUAUCACAGGGCUCUUUGGCUUUUAACUUCGGCACUUACCUUUUUUUUUUUUUUUAAUAACAAAAUGAUGAUGGUACCUUUUUCUCUGUUGCUUCUAGCUAAGUAAGGGCUUUCAGGUCACCAGUAAAUAACAUCAACUGUUAUUACAUUUCAACGUUGCCAUCUUUAUGUAAAUACUGAAUUUUUUCCCCUUUUGGUCAUUUAACACUGCUGCUUCUGCCUGUCUUAAUGCUGGCAUUAAGAACAUGAGCCCUUUUCUUCCAGUAGCGCAGGCUUUAUGAAUUACUUUUUAUUAAGUUAUUUGAUGCAGUUUGAUUUUUCACAGCUUCUAUUUAAACGAAAUUACAGCAUUGCAUCAUCUUUUCUAAAUUCAUGUCAAUUGAAACUUGCCUUAAGCUACCAGAUUGCUUUUGCCACCAUUAUCCAUACUGUGUGUUGUAUGUUUAAUUUACUUCCACAAUAAACUUCUGUGUAGUGAAAACAAGGGUCUUGCUCUUUAUUGACACAAUCCAACAACUUCUGUUCUAGUUCCACUUAUGGUAGAAAGAAAAGUUGAUGUGUGUCCGUGGUUCUUUCAUUCUGCUGUGUAAUCUCUGAAUUAAAAAAUCGAAAUGACA